CUCCAGUAGGAAGUCAGGCUGCAGUCCAGCGUUUUCCGUAAAGUCUCUUCAAGCUUGUGACGGACAAAAUUCCCGUCUGCAGCUUUAAUUUCACCCUGCUGUAGGUGUCUACUGACGGGAAACUGUUAGCUAUUUCUGCUCUUUAACUGUCAGUUUCGUGUUAAUGUUUAUUCGUUUUUCGUACGUGAGAUACUCGGCGUGUAAUUUAAUCUAAUUCCACGUUGAUAAAUAGGUUUAUUUUUAGGGAUUUAACCUCAGAAGUGUGUAAAGAUUCACAAGAGCAACAAAAUGAACUGUGGCCUGCUGACAAACAAGAAUGAACCAGUUCCACUAAAGAACAUCGAGGUGGAUCUGCAGGUUCAGGGGCAUGUAGCGACAGUGACCUCCACCCUGAAGUAUAUAAAUGAGGAAGAUAACACCCUGGAAGCAGUGUUUGUCUUCCCCAUGCCUUCAGGAGCUGCUCUCUGCCAUUUCAGUGCCAAGAUUGCAGAUCAGGAGAUAGUGGCUGAGGUGCAGGAGAAACAGGAGGCGCGGGAGCAGUACGAUGAUGCACUGAGUUCAGGUGAACAGGCGUUUCUGCUGGAGGAGAGUGAGGAGUCUGCGGACGUGUUCAGGCUCAGUGUGGGCUCUCUGCCUCCACACCAGAGUGCCGCUGUCACCUUCAUCUAUAUCAUUGAACUGAGUGUGCAGGCUGACCAUUCACUGCAGUUCUGUCUGCCUGCAGUACUCAACCCUCGCUACACACCAGCUGGUACAGGGGGUGGUAUAGUGUCAGAGAUAACAUCAAGUUCUACUGGUAUCCCCUACUCCCUCUCUUUUACUGCACAUAUAAACUCUCCAAACCCCAUCACUAAAGUGGAGUCCAAAUGUCCUCUAGAGCCUCUGAUGUUCCUCAACACAGACCACACCAAGGCAAAGGUAGGUCUUGGUGCAGGUCACAUGUUUGAUCGAGAUGUCGAGUUGUAUCUAUAUUAUCAGAAUCCCCAUCAGCUCACUGCUAUAGUGGAGGCUGGAGCUCCUGCAGCAGAGUCAGGAUCUCUCAUGGGAGAUCCAGUGGUCAUGGUCAGUUUCUAUCCAGAGUUCCCUGAGUCAGUGAUGUCCUCCAUGUCGACGUGUGGUGAGUUUGUGUUUGUUAUGGACAGAUCUGGCAGUAUGUCCUGUAGCAUGCAUAAUGGACCAGGUGCACAGGGACGCAUCGACUGUGCCAGGGACACUCUUCUCCUGCUACUGAAGAGUCUCCCCAUGGACUGUUACUUCAACAUCUAUGGCUUUGGCUCUCAUUAUAGUUCCUUCUUCCCUCAAAGUGUGCAGUACAAUCAGGACACUAUGGAGCAGGCGGUGCAGAAGGUAAAGGAGAUGCAAGCAGACAUGGGGGGCACAGAGAUUCUGCCAGCUUUGGAACACAUUUACAAGCAACCUUGCAUCUCCAACCACCCAAGACAGCUCUUCAUAUUUACAGAUGGUGAAGUAGGAAACACCAAAGAUGUUCUUCACUGUGUCAAGAGCAAUGCUGAUCUCCACAGAUGCUUCUCAUUUGGGAUUGGUGAAGGUGCAAGUUCUGAACUCAUUACAGGAUUGGCUGAGAACAGCUGUGGCCACGCCCAGUUCAUCACAGGAACUGAUCGCAUGCAGGCCAAAGUAAUGCAGUCUCUUCGCUAUGCUUUACAACCAGCAGUGACUGAUAUCACUGAGGACUGGUUUGGAUUGUCUUUCUCUCAUCUGAGCCCCCAAAUUAAAUCACUGUUCCAUGGUCAAAGAGCACUGAUUUAUGCCCAGUUGAAAGGAAAGGAAUGUCAGAACCCAGAUGCUAAGGGAAAAAUAUCAGUGCAGUAUCGCUUAGGGGGUCAAGAGGUCACAAACAGUGUUGACUUCUUCCUGAAGCCUGUCGAGAACACAGGGAUGGCCAUCCACAGGCUUGGUGCUCGCUCUCUGAUCCGUUCUCUGGAAAGAGACGAGAGGGUUGAUGGAGCUGAUAAAGAUGCUCUUAAGGCCAGAGUGGUGAAACUGAGUAAGCAGUGUGGAGUGAGCAGCUCACACACAGCCUUCAUAGCUGUUCAUAAGGGCAACAAACAAGCUGUGAAGGGGCCACUGGUGAAGAGGAGAAUUCAUACCCCGAUGCUGAUGGCGUGUCCAAUGAUGUAUUGUUUUGCGUCUCUUCAUGCACCACCGGAUGUUAUGCUCUGUCAACAAUCCCUUGCGUUUGCUCCACCAAUGCCAAUGCUUGGUGUGCCCUGUGCAGACUCCCUUGCGUUUCCUGGUGCAGCAAUGUGUGACAUGUUCGGUACAGACUCCCUUGGUGAUGCAGGAUCUGACACAAGCCCAGAAACUUCAGGGACUCCAAAGGACUUACUGAUGGAGCUCAUCUCUCUCCAGAAGGCUUCAGGUUGCUGGGAAAUUGGGUCUUCACUUGCAGAGGUGUUUGGGAGAACAGAAAAAGAGCUGAUCGAGAAGAUUCCUGCACAGGUGAAGCCAGAUGUCUGGGCUACACUUCUUGCAUUGAUUUGGUUGCACGGCUUUAAGAUCGAUGCUCAGGUUGAGUGGCAGUUUUUGGCCAUGAAGGCAGUGUCAUGGAUCCGCAGUCAGAAAGUGGUCAACCACUCAGAGUGUAUACAGGCAGGAAACUCUUUGCUGGGCUGUCAGGUUACAGAAGAUGCUCUUGGCCUCUGAACUCUUUCAUCCCACAGCAGCCACGAGAAAGUCUUAUUCUUUAAAAAAAAAAAAAAAAAAGCUUUCAUUAGCCUGAUUAUCUCUAUAAAUGUAUUGCAACAGCAAGGCAGGUUUUAUUGUUUUUUCUAUUUGGAUUUGAGAUCAAAAAAUGUAUGAGACAAUAGAUCAGAAUUACAGCUUUAAAUCCCUGAUAUGUCCAUUUACAUCUAGCUUAGAACAUGCUCCUUUUGUUUGAACACAUCCAUUUAUUAACUGAUCAAAAAUAUUGGCACAUGUAACUUUCACGCGUUUUGCAUUGCCCAGUUAGUUAAUAGUACUGAAUAUCUACUCUUGCUUUGAAAACCAGAGAGCUGUCAAUGGGAGAAAAGCAAACUAUUUUGAAUCUGAGAAUAGAGGGAAACAGAUCAGAGCCAUUGCACUAGCGUUGGGCAUAGCAAAUAAAACAAUAUAGAAUGUCCGGAAAAAGUAACCAUUGAUGUACUAACAAGCAGAUGUUCAACAAAUGGGCCAAAGAAAACAACAGUAUUUUAGAAGAGUUAUGAUGAAAAACCCAAAUAUGACAGUCAGUGAUGUCUGUUCACGGGGCAGGUGUGAAUGUAUACCACAAGAUCUAAACAUCUUAUAAGCAGUAAGGAUCAGAAGGUCAGAUUGAAAUUCAAAAAGAAGUAAAGAGAUAAGUCAAGUUCUGAUGCAGUUAUUGCAAAUAAGGGCUAUUUACAUUUACAUUUACAGCAUUUGGCAGACGCCCUUAUCCAGAGCAACGUACAUAAGUGCUUAAGUCUCUAGCAUUGAAUACAUUAAUGCUGGCUCACAAGGUUACAUUCUUAAGAUACCAUGAGUUUAAAACAUUUGUUCAAAGUUACAGUGAAAAAGUGUCAGGUCUUUUUUAAUUUUUAAAAUUUUUUUUUAAAAAUAAUGCAAAAGAUAGGGAAAGAAGUGCUAGUUGAAGUGUUUCCUAAAUAAGUAGGUCUUCAACCGCCGUUUGAAAAUAGCCAGUGACUCAGUUGUCCGGACCUCUAGAAGAAGAGAAGAGUCUUGAAGUAACCAAAUAUUAAGUGUUAUUUACUUUCGUUAUUUAAAGACAGUUUUUGACCUGUUAUUAUACUUUUCCUCACAUAAUUGGGUGGUCUGCCACCAAAGGUGUUGUGUUAUUGAGUUUAACACAUCUAGAUGUAAAUGUCAUUAAAUAAAAGCUGAAAUUCUGAUCUAUUAUCUUAUCGUAUUCCAUUAAUAACAAAAACAAGAAUACAAAAAAAGAGAAUUUGCCUUACUGUACAGAACUUUUGAAUAUCUUUGCACAGAUUUGUUUGUCAAUUGCAAAGAAUUCAGUUAAAAUACAACAGUGACAUUAUGUUUAUAAAAUCUUUCCUUUAGUUCAGGUUUUAGUUUAACAUGCACUGAUGUUAUCCAACAAUUUCCAGAUGUAUAAAAUUUAAAAUAGUUAAUGACAACAACAAUAUUGAAGUGAGGGAGUGACAGGAGAAAGAGGGCUGGGCUUUUACUAUAUACUUUACUUUUAUUAUAUCUGCUAGCUAAAAUACUGUAUGUUUGCUUUACUUAAAUCUUACUUUUUAAGAGCUUAUUAUGAGAACGGAUACAUUCUGUUAAUUGGUAAUCAUCUUAAUAAAACUUAUCUGUGCA